AUGACAGGUCAGUUACCUUUCCAACGAACCACUCCCGCACGUCCGUUUGCCGUCACUGGAGUGGACUACGCAGGCCCAGUCUAUUUAAAGCCGAUACAUAAACGCGCCGCAGCAUCCAAAGCAUAUCUCAGUAUUUUUGUUUGUUUCGUAACGAAGGCCGUACACAUUGAGCUGGUAGGCGAUCUAUCUACUGCUGCCUUUCUCACUGCAUUACGAAGAUUUAUUGCUCGUCGUGGUUGUCCGUUGCACAUACACUCGAAUAACGGUAAAAACUUUGAGGGUGCCCGCAAUGAACUUCACGUUUUAUACAAACAGCUACACGAUAAAAAUUAUGUAGGAGAGAUUGCAGAAGUAUGUGCAAAUCAGGGGAUCCAGUGGCAUAUGACACCACCGAAAGCCCCACAUUUUGGUGGGCUAUGGGAGGCCGCAGUGAAGGUGGCGAAAAAGCACUUACAUCGGCAGCUAGGGAACGCCAUGCUAUCCUUCGAGGAUAUGGCAACGGUGCUUGCAGAAAUCGAAGCAGCAAUGAACUCCAGACCCCUAACGCCCCUCACAGAAGACCCCAACGAUUUAUCCAUCUUGACACCAGCACAUUUCCUAAUAGGCGAAUCAUUGACCGCUCUGCCUGCUCCUGACUUCAGCGCCAGUCCGAUCGGCCGCUUGAGUCACUACCAGCGCCUUCAGCAACGAGUGCAGCAUUUCUGGCAUCAAUGGAAACGCGAAUAUCUACAGGAGUUGCAGAAGGAGAACAAACACAUCGCACCAAACACUUCGUUUCAGCCAGGAAGAAUGGUGAUCGUCGUUGAUGACUUUUUGGCUCCUGUGAAGUGGCCGCUAGCGAGAAUAGUCAGCGCAAGUCCAGGAGUAGAUGGUCUUACUCGGGUCGUCGAUCUUCGCACCAGCAGAGGUAUCAUCCGCCGACCAAUUACUAAAAUUUGCCUAUUGCCUUACGAAACCGAGAACGAGAAGGAAGAUUAA